AUGACCGACCCACUAUCCCUCGAGUCCUCACUCUCCAGUCUCAUCACUGUCGGCACCCGAAUCUCGCACCAACUCACCGAGUUCCUCACUACCUCUACCCCCGACUCCCCCAACGAAAUCGCUGCGCUCUUGCACGAGCUAUCCGAACUCUGCAGCAUUCUACUGCAGCUUAAAGCUGCACAUACCCGAAGCAAUGCCGAGCUUGGUGGUGUUGAGUUUCGAAACGUGUUGGCGAGCUGUAUGGACAAGUUCGUGCAGCUGCGGAUGCUGGUGAAUGCGUACGGUGUGGGUAAGAGCGAUGAGACGUGGUGUAAAAAGUGGAGGUGCUGGAACAGGAUAUUUGAGGGCGAGGAAGUCGUAGCGUUGAGAGUGCAGCUGGAGGCACACAAGAUUACAUUGAAAGUUUCAUUAGUUCUGACCAAUGACAUUGAACCUGCGGCAAUAAAGGAUACUACGAAUAUGAUUGAGACCACAGCAAAGGAGAUUGAACAACGACUUGCAGAAGAGAUAUGUGAGGCCACAGCGGCAUCGGCGAAGUACCAAGAUAGCUCUAUCCUGCAGAGGUAUCUCACUAGUGCUUCUUCGGAUGUAUCCUCACGGACAACUUCUCCUGCAGUGGAACCGGAUUCGGUGGACCAACAAUUGCUUAUUCCGAGUAUACCAAUAUCCAAUGGCACAAGUGAAGUAAAAAGGAGUGCUAGGAAACAGUUAGCUACUGUAACUUCAGCCCCUCUACCACGGUCUCAACCAUCUUAUAUCUCAAGCUCGCCGAUGAAGACCUCCCCACGGGUAAAGUCCGCAUCACCCUUAAAGACCUCUUCGGCCAUGGGACCACCUCCAUCGCGGGGAACAAGGCCACCACCACCACCAAGACACAAGACAGACCCUACAGCAUCAAUGCGGCCACUCCAUGCCCGUACCCAUUCUCUCCCCACAAAUAAAACGUCUACCCUCCUCCCUCGUCCCUCUCCACCAUCAACACCCCGCUCAUUUCCUAGCAGGAAGCUCACCUAUAGCACCACUUCACACUCACACUCACACUCCCGAACGAAUUCGUUACCAACCAAUAAAACUACCCUUGCAUUGGGAACUGGGAGCUCUGAUACGUUCACCGCCGAACUAACACGCAUCUAUAACGAACCAUCGACACGACAAUGGUGUACCACGGCAAUUUCACCAUCCCGUCUGAAUGCCAAUCAUACCCUUGGCUCAACACUCACCACCUUACACACAACCACCCUGGGCUCCUCCCGCGAUAUGGCGAAAACGAAAGCAACGUUCCACCAGAAGGAGACAUUUGCAAAAGUCAAAUCAAUGAACACGACAUUUGAGUCUGCCUUCUCAGCUGUGUUCGCAAAAAUGUGGAGCAAGCUUGAAGAGGGCGUCACAAGGCUAACCAAUAUGUACCAUUACUUUGAACUCGUUGGAGGUGGCGAAGUGGGGGGCGAGUGUGCUGUGGGUGUGUGGGUAUGGGUCCUCGAGAGAUUGCUGAGGGGCCUACUAUCUCUGCGAGUAGAGAUCGAGAGACGUCACGAGGUCGUGCAGAUGGUACUUGCAGAGCGGGAUAGGGUGUUAGAGAGGGCUGUGAGGGGUGUUAUGGAGAAGAUGGUGGAUGGCGGAAUUAUUGGUGCAAAGGCGGGUACGGACAUGAAAGCCGCAGCAAAGCAGUUCGAGACGACUCUUGAGAAGACGCAGUCUCCUAUCACAAAGACCUGCCAAAAUAUCCUGGCAGGUCUCACCAGUAGCUUGCACCACGUCGAGAAGAUCAUCGAUGCGACAAAAGACAUCAUCCCCGCUUUCGGGAUCGUAUCGAAAUCUGGAACCUUGGCGCGAAGUGCGGGUUCGGUCCUGGACGUGGAGAUGGUAAGAGUCGCGGCCGCACGGUUAGAAGUUGGGUUGGAGAGGGUUCGGGGAGUGUUAGAGAUUGGCACUAGUGUUGUAAGCAGAGGAGUAGGCGUAUUGGGAAAGGGGGAAGGGGAGACGAUCUAG